AUGUUUGUAGAAUCAUCUUUGGAACAGUUGCAAGAAACACUGGGACUGGCGGACGUGAGCACCGGCACAGUUGCUUUGGUGACCACAACACUUGUGCUGAGUGCCGCUUUAGUUUAUCGGCAAUUUACAAGUGAAAAGGUUGAAGGAAAAGUUCCACCACAUAUACCAUCAACAAUUCCUUUUCUUGGUCAGGCCAUCAGUUUUGGAACUAGUCCUAUUGAGUUUCUCUUGGUUGCCUAUGAAAAGUAUGGACCCGUUUUUAGCUUUACAAUGGUGGGAAAAACUUUCACAUACCUGGUUGGCUCAGAGUCAUCAGCUUUGAUGUUUAACAGCAAAAAUGAGAAUCUAAAUGCUGAGGAUGUUUACAGUCGCCUGGUCACUCCGGUCUUUGGGAAGGGUGUAGCAUAUGAUGUCCCUAACCAUAUAUUCAUGGAGCAGAAGAAAAUGUUCAAGACAGGGUUAAACAUUGCCCGUUUUCGUGAACAUGUUCAUAUUAUUGAAGAGGAAACCAGGAACUAUUUUAAUAGAUGGAGCAAAGAGGGAGUUGAUGAUCUUUUCAAAGCCCUGUCUGAGCUGAUCAUCCUCACAGCAAGCCAUUGUUUGCAUGGUCGUGAGAUAAGGUCCCGCUUGGAUGAACACGUUGCUCAGCUGUAUGCAGAUCUGGAUGGUGGCUUCACUCAUUUAGCAUGGCUGCUGCCUGGGUGGCUUCCCUUUCCCAGCUUCAGGAAACGUGAUCGGGCUCAGAUAGAAAUGAAAAAGAUUUUCCAUGAAGUGAUUCAGGCUCGGAGAAACAAUCCCAAUCCAGACGAUGACAUGCUGCAAAAUUUGAUAGAAUCAAAAUACAAAUCUGGUGAAAACCUGACUGAUGAUGAAAUCUCUGGCAUGUUGAUUGGGCUGUUAUUGGCUGGCCAGCACACUUCAUCAACCACAAGUUCUUGGCUAGGAUUUUUCUUGGCUAAAGAUAAAGAGCUUCAGCAAAAGGUAUAUGAAGAACAAAAGGCAAUCUGUGGAGAUAGUCUGGCCCCAGUCAGUUAUGAUCAGCUGAAGGAGAUGCAGCUCCUUGAUCGCUGCCUGAAGGAAACUCUGAGGCUACGACCACCAAUCAUGACAAUGAUGAGAAUGUGUCGAACCCCCCAGACUGUGCUGGGUUACACAAUUCCUCCAGGACAUCAGGUGUGUGUCUCACCCACAACCAACCACUGUUUGCCAGAUACAUGGAAAGAUUUUGACAAGUUUCUUCCAGACAGAUUCCUUGACCCAGAGGUAGCCAACAGUGAGAAGUUUGCUUACAUCCCAUUUGGUGCUGGCCGUCACAGGUGCAUUGGAGAAUCAUUCGCCUAUGUACAGAUCAAAACUAUCUUCUCCAUUUUGAUACGGACGUACGAAUUUGACCUUGUUGAUGGCUACUUCCCAGAGGUGAACAUGUCCACCAUGAUUCACACUCCAACAGAUCCUCUAAUCCAUUACCGUGUUAGAAACACAGAACUUUAA